ACUGCCCUUUUGCGCAUGCGCUAAAGUCAUUUUCAAACGGAACGGCGGUUACUUCCCUCGUCGCCAGAAAACAAAUCUAAAUAUACUAUAACUUUUUCUGUUGGCAGAAUACUACAAGAUACUCAAACAAUGACUAGCACGUUGAAAGGAAUUACUCUUAAAGGAAGUGUCGAGGUUGUGGCUGACUUCUUUUCUUUUGGCAUCAACAGCAUCUUGUACCAGCGGGGCAUCUACCCUCCAGAGUCCUUCACCAGAGUCAGCCAGUACGACAUGAACCUCCAAGUCACCGACGAUCCCAAGCUGAAGGACUAUCUCAACAGCGUGGUGUCUCAGCUGAAAGCAUGGCUACUGGACUGCACCGUACAGAAGCUGGUGUUGGUGAUCACUUGUCUGGAAACCAACGAGGUGCUGGAAAGGUGGCAGUUCGACAUAGAGUGCGACAAGUCAGCGAAGGAGUGCAGUGCCCCCCGGGAGAAGUCCAUUAAGGCGAUCCAGAAUGACAUCCGCUCAGUACUCAGACAGAUAACUGCCACGGUAACGUUCCUGCCGCUGCUGGAGACACCAUGUGGCUUCAACCUCCUGGUCUACACCGACAAAGACCUGGAGAUUCCGGAGAAGUGGGAGGAGUCCAGCCCGCACAUCAUCAGCCAAUCAGAGGAGGUGCGUCUGCGCUCAUUCACCACGUCAAUCCACAAGGUGACCAGUAUGGUGGCUUACAAGAAGACCGACUCCUUGUAAACAAACACACUCGUUCAUACUGACUCUUACGUUACGUCACAUGACCCACGACAUCCACAGACUCGUCUUUAGGGACGUCAACAAUUGCCACCAGACAUGGUGCAGAUUUGGAAUUUACCAAGAAAAGAUGUGGAAAAAAAAUGUUUGAUUUUCAUAUUUCAUGUUUAUUUGAACAGUGAGGGGGGGUGGCAAUGUCACACAAGGUUUUUGUAACGCCUGACUGUUCAUAUGUGUAUAUAUGUAUAUAUAAAACAGGGGUUUCCCACCUUUGACAGAUGGCGACAUCUACCACAAAACAUGGCUAUAUCUUCUUGAUAGUAACUGCGUUUCCCUCCUCUAAAAGAUUAGCUGACACGUCGUAAAAUGUUUUCCAAUAUAUUGUACGGUCAUUGCAAUAUCGUGCAAUUAUGUCACACAAAUGCUGUUUUGUUUUGUUUGUAGAACAUUGAAUGACAAGUUUCUCUGCGCUCUGAUUUUAAAAAGGGGUUUCUUUAGUUUUCGUGGGGUCAAGAGCUGAAAAAGUUUGGGAAACCCUAAAAAAAACAGUUUUGCGAUCGGUGAGCACAGAUAUAAAUCAACUUGCAAAAACUACUCUGUAUUUUUAAUAAAGUGACCAUCUUCUGCUGUAUAAAAUGAUUUUUAUUUGA